AUGGAAGUUAUCUGGAAAGCCACCGCACAGAACACAGUCUACGAAGAAGCACGCGUCGGUCGUGUCUUCAAUCAUCGUCGACCUUCGCGUUUCCCUCUAGCCGUUGUAAAGGCAGCCAGUGAGGCCGACAUUGUGCAAACUGUUAAGUUGGCCGUCGAACAGAAAUGUCGCGUCGCGGUUCGAUCGGGUGGCCAUUCCUGGGCUGCGUGGAGCGUACGCGACAAUUCUAUCCUCAUUGAUCUCGGCAACUAUAAGCAGCUGGAAGUCGAUGCGGAGAAUAUGACAGCCAAGGCUACACCCAGUAUGACUGGCCGCGAGCUCAAUUCGGUCCUUAUCAAAGAGCAUGGCUUGAUGUUUCCUGGUGGACACUGCCCGGACGUGGGGCUGGGUGGAUUCUUGCUUCAGGGUGGUAUGGGCUGGAAUUGUCGGAAUUGGGGAUGGGCUUGCGAGAGAGUAGUUGGUUUGGAUGUGGUGACAGCGGAGGGGGAAUUGAUCCACUGCAAUUCAACUCAAAACCGAGAUUUGUAUUGGGCGGCUCGAGGUGCUGGUCCUGGAUUCCCUGCUGUUGUCACACGAUUUCAUCUUAGCUUGCUUCCAUACCCCAAGAAAGGCUUCCGAUCAUCGGGAUAUAUAUACCCCAUGAGCAUGUACCGAAAGGCUUUUGACUGGAUCCUAUCCAUAACGCCCAGCUUUGACAACGACACCGAGAUCGCAGUUAUUUCGCAAUAUGCUGAAGAGGAAGCACUCCGCCUAGCUCAAGAAACUCGCCCAGAUGGAGCUGUUGAAGAAUGGUUCUGCAAGGAAGACAGUCUGGAUGAACAAUAUGAUAAUCAAGAGCGGGCAAACCCAGAGAAGCACCGCUACUGCGCCGAGAAUGCUUAUAUUAAGAAUGAUGCUGACGUUCCGGCUGUGCUGGAAGAGGCGUUCACAACUCUCCCACAUCGGAAAGCAUUUGCCUUGUGGUACCCCAUGAAUCCAUGCAGCCGACGAAAGCUACCAGAUAUGGCUCUCAGCUUACAAUCUGAUCAUUACUUUGCUCUCUACACCGUGUGGGAAGAUGAAUCAGAUGAUGUGAGGUGCCAGGCUUGGGUGAAAAAUGUUAUGAAAAGAGUUGAGCGUCAUUCCGUCGGCGCAUACCUUGGGGACUCUGAUUUCCAGGCACGCAAGACGAAAUUCUGGGCAGAUGAUAACGCAAAGCGAUUGAUGGAAAUUCGUCGUAAGUGGGAUCCUAAAGGAAGAGUAUGCGGCUAUUUGGAUCAGGAUGAUCAGUCGGGAACUACGGGGCUCACGAAUGCUCACGAGUGGAAGCUGUGA